AUGAAUCAAUCAAGACAUUUUAUUGGAUCUAAUCCAUUGAACACCAAUUCCUCUUUGAUAAGAAGUAAAAGUUUUCAACAUAUUACCACUAACUAUCAUCAAUCAUCAAUAAUGAAAUUAUGGAAACAUGAACAUUGGAAUUUUAUUCCAUGGAAAUCUGAUCUAACAUUAUUUCAAAAUAAUAAUACACAUGAAAUGGAUCACAGAUCAUGGUUAUAUUUAAAUUAUAAUACAAAAUAUAUACAUGAAACAACAGUUUAA